UCUCUCCAUACUACGAGUGUGAGGGCUGAGGGUUGAGCAAGCUCGACGACGACGGCUGCUAUGGCGAACGACGGCGACAUUCUGAUGCUGGAAGCACCGCCACAGGCCUCACGUCCGGCGGAAUUCAUCGACGCCUUGCCGUACAUUGACGAUGACUAUGGCCACCCCAAGGUCAAAGAAGAGGUGGAUCGAUUGGUCGAAGAUGAGAUGCGCCGGAGCUCCAAAAAGCCCUCCGAUUUCCUCAAAGACCUCCCUCCCCUUCCCCCCUUCGGUUUCCACAAUCACCCCAUGCUUGCUAGAGAAUAUGAGCGUGUGAGAGCGGGGAAGCCUCCAGUGGCACUUGACAUGUCACGAUAUGGACUUGAAAUGCCUCCUAUGAAUAAACGGAAUGAUGAAACUGCUUGGAAACACGCACUUCAGAAGGCUCAGCGCCUACUGCAACAUCAAGUAAUUAGGCUGGAAAAUCUGGAACUGAUGUCAAAACAUGGUGCUGAUGUCUGGAAACAGCACAACCAACGACUUGAGGCAUACUUGUCCAGAAUGCAAGCAUUGGCAAUGGAACAAAAUGAAAAGAUUGAAACUGUGAAUCGUGAAAGGAAAUAUCAUCAGCAAAAUACUGCCUUUGAGCUUAACGCUUUGUCUGCACAAUGGAAGGAGCUCUGUGAAAAAAAUAUUGAAAUUCGAACAGCUUGUGCUAAAAUUGAAAAUAAUAUUGAAGAACUUAGGAGAGAAGCUGCAGAGAGAGGCUGGAAUUUGGAUGCUAAUAUAGAUAAUGGUUCUUUAUCACACUCAGAACAGUAAGGCACCUGCAGAUCCAGAAAACAUUAACCAAGUAGCGAUCUACAGUCUACUAUGAAUCCUUGAUUCCGCAGUUCUUCAUUUUGACUAACACUGCAGUUACUGCUGUAGUUGUUGCUGGCCUUGCCAUGUAGAAGGCAAGUUGGUUUCUAGCUCUACCCUAGCUCCAUGGGUGAGAAUUUUCUCGCAUGGGUUGAGAAUUAUUGUAGGUCAAAUCGAUAUCUUGUUGUACUCAGUAAUGUUCUUUAAAUCAAUCCUCACAAAAGUAGAACUUUUGAUUUCGUUAAACUGAAGUAUAGUUUCCCUUUCAUUAGAAUGAAAAACACUAGACAAGUUGUUUCUUCUUUCCUUUUCCUCUUUUAUGAAAUUUAUGAAGUUUUAAA